AUGGUUUCUAAAAAAUUAACAGGUCUUUUCGUUUUGGCUUCUGCUGCCAUUGCUAAAGCAGCUACUACUUUCACGGUUCCAAUUGCUUACAAUGAUGAAAUUUCCGUUGGGUAUUAUUUCAGAAACAACAAUGAUGCUGUAACUGUGACCGCCAAUGACGAUGGUUUGGAAAUUACUGUCGAUGCUGACACUGACAAAGUCUGUGAAAUCUUGGAAUCUGGUAUGGUUCUGUAUGCUGCCGAUGACGCCAAGGAGAACACUUUGUUGUCCUGGGACCAGUAUGAUGUUUUCCACUUGGUUAACAAUGCCGGUGAAGAAUUCAAGUACAGCUCUACCAAUGCUCAAGCUUGUCCUGUUCCAAAACCAGUUUCCAGCUCUGUCUCUGCUUCUGGUUCUCUUUCUGCUUCCGCUUCAGGUUCUGCCUCUGUCUCUGGUUCCGGUUCUUCUGGUAUUACCAAGACUGCUUCCGAAACCGCAACUGUUGGCUCUUCUUCGUUCCAAUUGGCUCCAUCUACAACUUUGUCCACUGUUACUACUACAGUCAACGGUCUAGUCACCCAGUACACCACCUACUGUCCAUACAUUACCGCUAACCGUUUGGACGAUGUGGUCACUUACGCUAGUGCAGUUACUACCACUAACAACGGCCAAGUCUCUGUCUACACUACGUUCUUCCCAGUCAAGACACAACAACAAGCCUCUGCCACUGCUACUGGUAUCCCGGCUACCACUGGUCUAACCACGUCAGUGGUCACGACCACUAUCAAUGGUGCCAAGAUCAUCUACACGACGACUUGUCCAUUGAACCAGCUCACUGCUACGACCACUGGCGAUGUCGGUAGUUACACUACAGUGAUCUCUACCACGAUUAGCGGUAAAGAAACUGUUUACACUACUGUUUGCCCACUAAACACCCAAGCUCAAACUACUUCUGUUGUUACCACCACUCAAAACGGCAUGAAGACUGUCUACACUACCACCUGUCCAAUCACCUCCGAGGCUCAAACUACCUCUGUUGUUACUACUACCAUCAGCGGUAAGACAACUACUUACACUACUGUUUGCCCAGUUACCACUAAGGCUCAAACUACUUCCAUUGUUACUACCACUCAAAACGGUAAGGAAACUGUCUACACUACCACUUGUCCAGUUACUAGCCAGGCUUCAACCACUACUGUGGUUACCACCACUCAAAAUGGUAAGGAAACAGUUUACACCAGUACUGUUCCACAAACUCUAACCACCCAAGCUAUCACUACCUCUGAGAACGGCCACCAAACCGUUUACACCACUGUACGUGCCGCUAGCUCUGCCAUUGAACAGUACCCUGGCUCCACUACUUCCACUGCUGGUCUAAUCACCACUUACCAAGGUUCUGCCGCUUCUGCUCAACCAUUGAACUCUUUGUUCACUCUAGUUGCUCUUCUAGUCGGUUCUGCUAUCAUGGCUUAA